GGGCUUCAAUCGCUAGACCUUCCUUCUGAAUACCUAGAUGCAAAUGCAUCAUCAGAGCCACACACACCCAAAAUUUAAAUGCUGUCAAUUUCAUUUCAUUUAUUUAAUCGCAUUGAUCGCAUUAAAAUCGUCUAAUCCACUAUGGUUAACUCAAUGAAGGUAAAGCUAAUCUAUCGGAUUACUGUACGAUGAAAUUCUUCCAGAAGGUACGGACGGAGUAUACCCAUCAUAAAAACUGUUGAUAAAGAAUGAAAGCCUGAAUGAGAAUGCGUAUGUGGUUUAUUCUUCAUCUCCCAACACGAAUGAUAUUCUACACAAAAUCCAUCAUCUCAUGUUCGAGUCGGCAAGCGUCAGGAUUCGAGCCCCGAUUGUAGGCAGGACCGUCAGCUUCGAUCAAUCAAUUUACGGUAAAGCGCCACCAUGCUGAUUGCUUCCCGUCUUGUAUCCUCUGAGUUCGCCUCAUUCUCAAUCAAUAUGAGCAACUUCACCCACAACCACGUAUGUGGACAAUACCAUCGACUGUUUAAUUGAAUCUUGGCAACAAGGAAAAUGUCAGGAUGGAUGCUUCCAUGUACAGGUCUUUGACGAUUGAUGAAUACCAAAUACGAGUCGUACAUCUCCUUCCAAAAUUUUGCAUGGAAUCAGAUCACACCUUAAACGUGCAUAUUGAAUGCGAAUUGAGAUGUUAUGAAGCUUUGUCGUAUGAAUGGGGUUCACCACGAGAUCGCCGGAUGAUCUUUAUUAAUGGGCAGAAAUGUUUAGUUCGAGCCAAUCUUUGGUCCGCGCUUAAUCAAUUAAGGAACGAAUAUACAGAACGAAUCCUUUGGGUAGACGCACUCUGUAUCAAUCAACAUGAUACAUUUGAGCGAAACCAUCAAGUGGGGCAGAUGAGCAAGAUUUAUGAACAAGCGACAAGAGUGAUUUGUUGGAUAGGCGUUGAUGAAGGGGUAGAGUUUUCUUCCGCUCACAAUGUCGAUACGACGGAAUUCGUUCCAUCCAUUGCGAUCAGGACUCUUCAAGCUCUCAGUCGGUCAGGUAGACGAUCAGACCAAAAAUUACCUACCACAGGACUGCCCUAUGCGCUCUUGCCUACAAGCCCAAGUCGCUCCCUGGAAUCAUUAUGUCGAUUGUUCUAUCGCCCAUACUGGAAACGACUCUGGAUCAUCCAAGAGUUAACUCUGGCCAAAGAAAUAUUGGUUCAGUGCGGUGAAUAUAAUUUCGAAUGGAAAGAUCUUGCUCGAUGUUGUGAUAAUCUAGACCAAAUCUCUGAACAUUGGUUGACUAUUCGAGACAAGAAAGUAUACAGAUUGGUCUGUAAGAUCAAGGAUAGUAUCCCAUGCCGGUUACAUCGGCAAAGGAAGGAGAGACAAACGCACGGGGAGCGCGCACAUCCACUUCUUGAGCUUCUCUUUACAUACAGCGAAGCACAAUGCGAAGAUAUUCGUGAUAAAGUUUUUGGACUGCAUAGUCUUACCCAUGACUGCUGUAAACGAGAAAUACCGGUCGAUUAUGGAAUCUCAGUUCUCGAGAUAUGCUCAAGGGUUCUGAACCAUCAUUUUUCUGAGCAUCAAUCACCACUGUUUUACACAGCUAGGCAUACGACCGCGGCGCUACAUAGGCUUCUAAAGGCGCCAAAACCAGAUGAAUACUUGCAACGGAAAAUGCUAAAUUCUACAGCCAAAGCCACACUGAAAUUCAACGGCACUCUAGAAGGUACCAUCUCAUGGUUGAGUCCCGCAUCCGACGAUCUACCACUCACAGAAUGGGUCCUGCCUCAUCAAGGCCACGAAACGAUUAUAGCAGAAGUGGCUCAAAUCCAUGAAAAAAUGAACGCAUUAGGAUUCACAAAAAAUCUGGACACGUACCGGCUCUCCCACAUCGGCCAUGCCAAAUACAGCCGCGCAAUUCCAAAGGGUAACUCAUAUAUCGAACUCCACUCGCCCAUCACAAACAACAUCUCCAGCCCAAGCGACAAACCAUCUUCAAGUUCUUCCAACCUCGGAAACAAACUUUUAGGUUUCGCAAGUAGCAAAAUACAGCAAGCGAUAAAAUGGCGCGAUCUCGAUAUCACGUUUCGUAAAGGCCUCGAUUGGACUCCAAUUAUUGGAGGAACAGAUAGUAAAACUCGCGUGCGCAUCUCUAUCUCGAGUGAAAAUUUACUGCACUACGUGCCGCAUAAUGCAACCACAGGUGAUCUGAUGUGUCAAAUUGAUGAUAGUGAUACGAUACUAAUAUUGAGAUGGGAUGCUACUGGAAAGGAGGGGAAUGGUAGGUAUGUGGUUGUGGGAAGGGCAAGCGAGGUACCGCAUGCGGGGAGGAGGGAACAGGAAAUCUCGAGGUAUGGAGCGAGGGAAAGAGUCAGAGUUUGGUUGGAUGCUCCGACAUUGCAAUUGUUGAGUUGGGAGGAGGCCUAG